UCUGACGGUCCCGCUCUUGCCCACAUCUGGACAGGAGUUUGCGGCUCUGACGAAGGAGCUGAACUUGUGUCGAGAGCAGCUGCUGGAGCGGGAAGAAGAGAUUGCGGAGCUGAAGGCCGAACGGAACAACACGCGGCUGCUGCUGGAACACCUGGAGUGCCUGGUGUCCAGACACGAGCGGUCACUGCGCAUGACCGUGGUGAAGCGCCAGGCCCAGUCCCCGGGCGGCGUCUCUUCGGAGGUGGAGGUGCUCAAGGCUCUAAAAUCCCUCUUCGAGCACCACAAGGCCCUGGAUGAGAAGGUCCGGGAGCGGCUGCGGAUGGCGCUGGAGCGGGUGGCUGUACUAGAAGAGGAGCUGGAGAUGAGCAACCAGGAGACUCUGAACCUUCGAGAGCAGCUGUCUAGGCGCCGAUCGGGGCUGGAGGAGCCGGGCAAGGAUGGGGACGGGCAGGCCCUUGCCAAUGGCCUGGGUCCUGGAGGCGAAUCCAACCGGCGCACGGCUGAGCUGGAGGAGGCCCUGGAGCGGCAGCGCGCGGAGGUGUGCCAGCUGCGGGAGCGCCUGGCGGUGUUGUGCCGCCAGAUGAGCCAGCUGGAGGAGGAGCUGGGCACCGCCCACCGCGAGCUGGGUAAGGCCGAGGAAGCUAACGUCAAGCUCCAGCGCGACCUCAAGGAGGCGUUGGCGCAGCGGGAGGACAUGGAGGAGCGGAUCACGACGCUGGAGAAGCGCUACCUGAGUGCCCAGCGCGAGGCCACGUCUCUGCACGACGCCAACGACAAGCUGGAGAACGAGCUGGCCAGCAAGGAAUCGCUGUACCGGCAGAGCGAAGAGAAGAGCCGCCAGCUGGCCGAGUGGCUGGACGACGCCAAGCAGAAGCUGCAGCAGACGCUGCAGAAGGCCGAGACCUUGCCCGAGAUAGAAGCGCAGCUGGCCCAGCGCGUGGCGGCCCUCAAUAAAGCUGAGGAACGCCAUGGGAAUUUCGAGGAGCGUCUCAGGCAGCUGGAGGCCCAGCUGGAGGAGAAGAACCAAGAACUGCAGCGGGCCAGGCAGCGGGAGAAGAUGAACGAUGACCACAAUAAGCGGCUGUCCGAGACAGUGGACAAACUGCUGAGCGAGUCCAACGAACGGCUACAGCUUCACCUCAAGGAGCGGAUGGGGGCGCUGGAGGAGAAGAACUCACUGAGUGAGGAGAUUGCCAACAUGAAGAAACUGCAGGACGAGCUGCUGCUCAACAAAGAGCAGCUCCUGGCGGAGAUGGAGCGAAUGCAGAUGGAGAUCGACCAGCUGCGGGGGAGGCCUCCGUCCUCCUACUCCAGGUCUCUCCCUGGCAGCGCCCUGGAGCUCCGUUAUUCCCAGGCACCUACGUUACCUUCCGGUGCCCACCUGGACCCCUAUGGGGCUGGCAGUGGCCGAGCAGGCAAGAGGAGCCGCUGGUCAGGGGUCAAGGAUGAGCCCUCCAAGGAGUGGGAGCGGUCCGCCCCUGCGGGGUCCAUGCCGCCCCCGUUUCCCGGGGAACUGGAUGGCUCAGAUGAGGAGGAGGCGGAGGGGAUGUUUGGGGCUGAGCUGCUCUCCCCCAGCGGGCAGGCCGAUGUGCAGACACUGGCCAUCAUGCUGCAGGAGCAGCUGGAAGCGAUCAACAAGGAGAUCAAGCUAAUCCAAGAGGAGAAGGAGACAACAGAACAAAGGGCAGAAGAACUGGAGAGCCGGGUAUCUGGCUCUGCCCUGGACUCACUGGGCCGCUACCGCAGUAGCUGCUCACUGCCCCCCUCCCUCACCACCUCUACCCUUGCCAGUCCUUCCCCUCCCAGCUCCGGUCACUCAACACCCCGUCUGGCACCCCCUAGUCCUGCCCGUGAGGGCGCCGACAAAGCUAAUCAUGUCCCCAAGGAUGAAGCUGGGGCUCCACGAGGGGAGGGGCCAGCCAUCCCAGGAGACACCCCGCCUCCCACGCCCCGCUCUGCCCGCCUAGAGAGAAUGACCCAGGCCUUGGCACUGCAGGCAGGAUCCCUGGAAGAUGGGGGGCCCUCACGGGGAAGUGAGGGCACCCAAGAUUCCCUGCACAAAGCCCCCAAGAAGAAGAGCAUCAAGUCAUCCAUAGGUCGUCUCUUUGGCAAGAAGGAGAAGGGGCGAAUGGGACCACCAGGACGGGACAGUUCCUCUCUGGCUGGAACACCCUCAGAUGAGACGUUGGCCGCCGACCCUCUGGGGCUAGCCAAGCUGACAGGCCCAGGAGACAAGGACCGCAGAAACAAGAGGAAGCAUGAACUGCUGGAGGAGGCCUGCCGCCAGGGCCUGCCCUUUGCUGCCUGGGAUGGCCCCACCGUGGUCUCCUGGCUGGAGCUGUGGGUAGGCAUGCCUGCGUGGUAUGUGGCCGCCUGCCGGGCCAAUGUCAAGAGUGGGGCCAUCAUGGCCAACUUGUCCGACACGGAGAUCCAGCGGGAGAUCGGCAUCAGCAACCCGCUGCACCGGCUCAAGCUGCGCCUCGCCAUCCAGGAGAUGGUCUCCCUCACCUCGCCCUCUGCUCCCGCCUCCUCCCGCACAGUGAGUGUCCAGUGGCCAAUCCCAGCCCUUGCCGCCCCAAGGCCCCGCCUCUGGCCUUCAAUCCUGGCGUAUGGCGACAUGAACCACGAGUGGGUGGGCAACGACUGGCUGCCCAGCCUGGGGCUGCCCCAGUACCGCAGCUACUUCAUGGAGUCGCUGGUGGACGCCCGCAUGUUGGACCACCUCAACAAGAAGGAGCUCCGUGGCCAGCUGAAGAUGGUGGACAGCUUCCACAGGGUGAGUCUGCAUUACGGGAUCAUGUGCCUGAAACGGCUCAACUAUGACCGGAAAGACUUGGAGCGGAGGCGGGAAGAGAGCCAGACCCAGAUCCGAGAUGUGAUGGUGUGGUCCAAUGAGCGGGUCAUGGGCUGGGUGUCCGGACUGGGACUGAAGGAAUUUGCCACGAACCUCACGGAGAGCGGGGUGCACGGGGCGCUGCUGGCCCUGGACGAGAGGCGGGGUGGGAAGAAGCGGCGAAAUACGGAAGGGGACAGCGCCAAGUCCUUCAGCCGCUCCCCAUCCUGGCGGAAGAUGUUCCGAGAGAAGGACCUCCGAGGCGUCAGCCCCGACUCCGCUGAGAUGUUGCCUCCCAACUUCCGUUCGGCCGCAGCGGGGGCCCUGGGCUCGCCGGGGCUCCCUCUUCGCAAGCUGCAGUCGGAAGGUGGGCGGCUCCCCUUCUUCGGGGACAGCGCCAAGUCCUUCAGCCGCUCCCCAUCCUGGCGGAAGAUGUUCCGAGAGAAGGACCUCCGAGGCGUCAGCCCCGACUCCGCUGAGAUGUUGCCUCCCAACUUCCGUUCGGCCGCAGCGGGGGCCCUGGGCUCGCCGGGGCUCCCUCUUCGCAAGCUGCAGUCGGAAGGCCAGACUUCUGGGAAUUCCCGGGCAGACGGCGUCUCGGUCCGGACCUAUUCCUGCUAGUGCAGGCCUCCAGGUGAGGACUGUGCUGGGCGAUCCUGGGGGUCUGGGGCAGCAUCAUGGCUCUUCACUGCUCCACGCGCUGCCGGCGUCGGUGUAGGCGACCUCACGCGGAUGAAGAAUCUCCCGGAGGCCGGGCUGCCUCCCCUCCUGCCCAGUGUGGUCUCGCCGGGGAGCGCGCGCCGCCGCCUGGACCAUCUGCACAGACUGGAGGGGAGCGCGCGUCCCCGCCUCACACAUGGACGGGGCCUGGACCAAACCACAUGAACUGGACCGAGGGGGGAGGGAAAGGAGAGGGCAGGAAGAAAUCCCGCCCCCAAACUUCCAUCUCCCCCGUCUCCACUUUGUAAUUUAUUGAUCAGUUUCCGACGGGAGACGGGUGCCCAUUCCCCACGGGGAGGGGGCGGGGCUGCCCUCCCGGGCCGCAUGCGAGGACAGGCCGCCCCCUCCCCUUUCUCCCCGGUCGCGGGGCCCAAGUCUUCCUUCUCCGUCCGAAAGGAGGGGAGGGGGGACUCGCUGCUACAAGCCUCGCCCCCAGUGCCACUCAGCCCCGCCCGCCUCCUCCGGUGCCCGGUGGCCGGAGGUCAGCUGUGGGCGGGGUCCCUCUCCCCAGUGUCUCGUGUCCC